CACAUUUAAUUUAUACUGGAAGCAAGAAGCCAUGAUGUUCUGGUGUAUUGGAUUAAUGUUUCUGGCAUCUGCCACAGCAAUGUGGAGAAAAGAAAUGGAAAAUCCAAAUUUAUUUAAUGGAGAUAUGAUUUUAACUCCCACACAGUUAUCCCAAGUUAAAGAUGGAAAAGCAUAUGGGUCAAUAAUAGGAUACAGGUGGCCAAAUGCAAAAGUUCCGUAUGAAAUUGACAGAUCUAUUGGAAGCACUGGUCGUUCAGCAAUUCAAGCAGCUAUUAAUGAUUAUCACAAAUACACUUGCUUGAGAUUUGCCCCCAGAAGAGGUGAAUCAGGAUAUAUUCGAUUCUACAGUGGCGGAGGGUGCUCAUCUCCAGUUGGUUAUCAUCGACGAAAAAAUAGUAUCUCACUUGGGAGAGGCUGUCAAAACAAAGGAACUGCAAUACAUGAAAUAGGACAUUCUAUUGGUUUGUAUCACGAACAGAACAGACCUGACCGUGAUCAAUAUAUUCGAAUCAACAGGAAUAACGUUCAAAGUGGAAUGUACUACAAUUUCCAAAAGGAGCGCAAUAUUAACUCUCUCAACACUCCGUAUGAUUUAAGAUCCAUUAUGCACUACAGUUCCACAGCAUUUGCACGAAAUUAUCGUUACAAAACUAUCACAACCAUUGAUCAAAGUCAACAACAUUUGAUAGAUCAUGGUGACCGUAUCUCUGAUUUCAGUCCAAUUGACAUCAAGCAAAUAAAUUUGAUGUAUAACUGCGCUGGUGGAGGUCCAAGCUUACCACCUCCUACUUGCGAAAACAGACAUUCUCGAUGUGAUGAAUGGGCAAACCGUGGAGAAUGCAAAAUAAACCCUCGUUAUAUGCUUAACAUGUGUAAAAAAGCAUGUAACGUUUGCUAAAUAUAAAGACUGAAUCAAAAAUAAUA